AAUGUGAGAUGGGAGUCAACUCCUUGGGCAGUUAAAAAGAAGAGAGUUAAUUCCUUCUUUCUGUCAUCACUUACUGUCUGUAAUAAAGGUUAUUGUACCUAAGUUUUAUUUGUUCCCAGCUUGAAAAACCAAAACUGAAAGGGAGAGUUCAUCUACAGUUUAUCUCUGAAUAUUCUUUUUCACCACGAAUGGCUCGAUUCUCUGCUUCCCAAAUGAAAUUUAUCAAAGUGCUGAGUCGGGGUGAAAGUGUUCUGGACUCGCUGGAAAUUCCUCCAAUGUUCUGUAAAGAGUACGGGCAUAAGCUGUAUGAGGGUUUGAAAUUGAGUGUGGGUGAUAUCUUUGAGGCGAGUGUCAAGUUCAAUCGGCAGUCGGAGGUGUUGCUUGGAAUGAAGAGAGUGUAUGAGACAUUCAAGCUUAAAGGCGGAGAAAGUCUGAUUUUCGACUUCUCUUCUUCCAAGUGUGUGAGGCUAUAUAUCAUCGACACAGAUGAAAUGGAAGUAUUUUACCCCAAACUGAUUUUUCCCAAUGGUUCUGUUCUGUGUCCUUUAGAUCGUGCUUGUAAAUGGGGUUUGAAGUUUGUUAAAUUCAUGACCUGCAUGAAGGAAGUGGUGGACACAAUUGAGCCUCCUGAAACAUUUGUGGAUGCCUUUGGUUCUGUACUAAGACAUGAUCUUACAUAUUGUCUGAUCAAUGGAGAUGAGGUCCAUGGUUUCUAUGAUAUAAAAAAAAAUAAGCUUACAGGAUUUGGUGAAAUUUGCAAAAGAUAUGGCGUAGUUGAUCUUUCUUAUUUUGACAUGAUGGUACUAACCUAUGAUGGUAGGCGUAAAAUAUAUGUAUCCUUAUUUGAUACUAAUCAUGUUGAAGUACUUCCUCCAAGCCGUGAAGGUAAUGUACAUGCAGUACAUGAAUUAAAUUAUGUAGUGUCUAAAUAAAGUGACUACAAAUAAUUUGUUUCUGAUUGUAUGCUGAGAACAGGAAUGAAUUUUGAAGUUAUGAUUAAGCCAUUCCAUCUCUAUGACUACUGUUAUGGUGUGGACAUCCCAACAAAGUACAGAGUUGUUACGGAUAAGUUUGGGCAGGAGGAUUACAUAAGAGUGUUUCAUGGCGAAGAGUUUUGGAUGCUACAAAUCAGGAAGAGGAUAGAUUUGAAGCGCACCACAAUUCAUGAUGGCUGGCUCCAGUUUAAAAGUGACAUGAACUUGGCCGUUGGUGACACCUGUGUAUUCCACAAACUGGUUGGUGAAGAAAACUUUUUCAAAGUGGAAAUUAUUAAGAGUAGUGCUAAUUAGUAUGUUGUUCUUACUAAAACUCUUACAUCUGAUUAGUAUCGCAGAACAUGUUAGUUUGAAUGAUUGUCUAAUGUUUUACUCUCUGCAUUUGAACUGUUAUGAUGGCAAUGAUAUGA